CAAGAAUAGUACCAAUCUAGUAAAACCCUCGGAAAAUUUCUCCCCAGAGAUUGAAAUACUGCAAGGAAGCUGCUAGAUAUUAUUGAAUUGUCAAACUCUGGGGCAGGUCACCUUGGCCAGCCUGUCAACAACCUUAUCCUCUGCCAAGACCUGCGCGAGGCUCUGCUUGGAUGCCGUCCCCGAGCUCCGCAAACUCGCCAUUUCUCUCCAAAGCUUACGCGUUUCCCGGCCUGAGACCUCUGUCAGAUCACCAUGCAUCUGGGCGCUGGACGAGUGGUUCCUUCCACGCUUGUCACUUUGACUCUGUUGGCCCUUCUGGUCCGCCCAUCUUCUGGCUCUUUGGGAGAUCACCUCCCCGAUUUCAAAGAAUGCGUCAAGGUCUGUAAAACCGAGAACUGCCAGAAUGGCAAUUCGGUGCUACCUCUGCACCACCGCCUGUUAUUCUGGACCUGCCCGGCUGAAUGCGACUAUACCUGCCAACAUGUCAUUACCGAUCGUCGAGUCUCACGCGACCCCCCGAUGCUGAACCCAGUGGUUCAGUUCCAUGGCAAAUGGCCGUUCCGGAGAAUCCUGGGAAUGCAAGAGCCCUUCUCUGUGCUGUUUUCCUUCUUCAACUUCGCGGCCCAUUGGCACGGCAUGUCCCGAGUGCAAGAAUCGAUCCCAGCCUGGCAUUCGAUGCGCAAAUACUACAUGAUGUUUGGAUACAUUGGGUUAGCCAGUUGGACAUUUAGCAUGAUUUUCCACACCCGCGACUUUGACAUCACGGAGAAGCUGGAUUACUGGGCGGCUGGUGCCAACGUUUUGUACGGUCUUUACCUGGCCGUGGUUCGACUUUUGCGCCUGGAUUUGGAGAGCCCCCAGUAUCGCCCGACACUGCGUCGCCUUUGGACGGCGAUCUGCAUUCUACUCUACACCAUGCACGUCUGCUACCUCAGCUUCUGGAAGUGGGAUUAUACGUACAACAUGGCAGCGAACGUAGCAGUCGGUAUCAUCGGGAACCUGUUAUGGACCGGAUUCAGUAUAUUCCGUUAUCAGAAGUACAUGAAGUCCUGGACAGCCUGGCCUGGUAUGAUUGUCGCGUGGAUUAUCCUCGCCAUGAGUUUGGAAUUGUUCGACUUCCCGCCAUGGCAUGGCCUGAUCGAUGCCCACAGUCUGUGGCAUUUGGGCACCGUGGUUCCCACUGCAUGGUGGUAUUCGUUCCUCAUCAAGGAUGCACAGGACGAUAUUGCGGGACACCGAUUGAAGGCGUAAAAGCAAAGAAAAUUUUGGUGCCCUAUAUACUUUCUUUUAAGAUAUUGUGGGCAAAUUCGCACGAGGUACUUCCUCUCAUGUACAAUAGCAGACUACAGUCCCGGUGACCCGUUGCUAAUAAUAAUUAUUGUCGAACUUGGCUCCCCACGCACUCAAUCG